GCAGGUACAAGAAAGCGCCGCUUUUUUUGGGCUGGACGCCCCCUCGCCUUUUACGGCCACGGCGGCGGGGCGAAGCGGGGCGCGGCUGCUGGAUCCCCGGCAGGCAGGCAAGGCAAGGCGGUGUUCGAGCGAGCGACGGCCGGAGGGAGAAGCAGCCGCCUGCCUGCCUGCGCUGCCGCUUCCAGGUGGGGAUGCUCUCGGACAAGACGGAGAAGCGCAUGGUCUCCUCCAUCUUCAUCAUCCUUGCGCCGCCCCGCAGGGGCUGCGGUGGUCCCGCGAAGGCCCCGCUGCUCCUUCCCACCGAGAAGCCGGUCCCGCGUAAAGAGGGGAGGGGGCCCGGCAACACUCCGGAUGCAGGCUCCUCUGCCCUGCUGCCGCCUCCCGUCGAGGCUGUCCUGGGGUCUCUGCAGCCCGCUUCCCUCCGGGUGGAGACCCUGGGCCCCGGUCUGCAGAAGGGAGCAGCCCCCUUGCCCACCUCCCUGCAGACUUCUGAAGCGGAAGAGCCUCAGCCGGCCUCGCCUCUCGGCUGGACAGAUGGACAGGUGGAGGAGGAAGAGGCCGCAGCGCCAGAUAUCUGCGCUUUCUGUCAUAAGGGCAUUUCGCCCGAUGCUGUUGCUCUGGAGGCCAUGAGGAAGCAGUACCACGUCACCUGCUUCACUUGCCGGGUGUGUCACAGCAGCCUUGCGGGGCAGAGCUAUUAUCAGAAAGAGGGACGGCCGCUGUGCCUGGCCUGCUAUCAGGAGACCCUGGAGAAAUGCAAUGCCUGCCAAGCCUCCAUCCUCAGUGAGAUUGUGUGGGCUGUGGGGAAGGGAUACCACCCAGAAUGCUUCACCUGCGUGGCCUGCAGCCAACAGAUUGGCAGCGACGCCUUUGCCGUGGACGACGACCAGCGGGCGCUUUGCCUUCCAGACUUUUACCGGAGGUUUGCGCCCGUCUGCGGGGUGUGUGAGGAGCCCAUUAUCCCGCAGGACGGGAGGGACGCCUACAGGAUCGAGUGUCUGGGCAGAAGCUUCCAUGAGGACUGCUAUCGGUGUGAGAUGUGUCAGGUCUUGCUGUCCCUGGAGCCCACCGAGGACGGGUGUUACCCUCUUGGCAGCCGCCUCCUUUGCCGAGCCUGCUACGUCUGGCAGACCCAGGAUCCUCCCGCGGAAGAGACGGAGGCUGAUCGUGCUCGGAAUCGGGGCCAGGAGGGCUAGCCCAGUGCUCCACCUGCGCCUCCUCCCUGCCCCCUUGUUCUGUCUGCGAGCCUUUUUCAGUGUUUUUCCCCCCCUCCUUGGGGAGCGGGCCAGGGGGGACUGAGAGCAAGUCUCCUUGUGGAACGAGAUUUGCCCCUCUUCCACCAGACCAAAGAUGCCAUGCUCCACACACACAAACACACCCCGCUUAUGUCUGCCGGCUAGGGGCAGUGCUCUGCUGUCUUUGCCGCUGGAGGCGCCACAGGAACCUCAGCCGGGAUUCAGCUUCUUAAGGGGAGGAGAGGAGAGGCUCAGGGUGCUUAGUAAUCCACCUUUAGGAGGCGUAGAGUAAGGAAACGGCCAUACGAGUUCGAGAGGGAAGCCCCUAGCUGGCCCUCCCAGGUUCCCCCAAGCUCUGCCUUGUUUGUGACAGCCCGAGCUUCUAGGACCACCUGACCUAAGGCAACAAUUGUGGAGAGGGAAGCAGCAACCCCAUGCCACAAAUUGCCAGGUAGCAUCUCCAUCUUUGUGGGCCAUCCAGCUGCUCCGUGGUUGGUUGGUUGGUUGGUUGGGAGGGAUCCGAGAGUGCUCUAAUCCUGCAGCCCCUAAUCCUGCUCUCCCCACCCCAAAGAAGCCCCUCUUCUGAGUCAAGCCCAGCAGCCAGGAGAUCGGAGAAAAAGCCCCGCAGGUGGGGGACACCUGGGCAGAAGCAAGUUUUCAGUGGACUUCUCCCCGUUAGUACCCGUCUCCUCCACUAGGGGGCAGCCCAGCUCUGGAACUUGGGUCCCCCCACCCACCCACCUCCCUGCAAA